GCCUGGGGUCCAAUCAGAAACUGAAAUUUUAAGUUAACUUCCAUUGUAUAUGUAAGAGAGAUUGUAUGUUUGGGUCCAUGUUGCCUCUCAUGGAAAAGCAGCUGAUGACUCAACUCCUCAGGCAAUAAGGAGGAGCCACAGAUUCAGGAGAGUAAAAACUCAGAGUGGACGCCGCUCAUUUGACCUGAACUUCAAGCGCAGAUUCUGUUGCACAGAGUAGGACUGAAACUUUUUUAAAGGCAACUUUUUUUACACACAGCAGGACUGAAAUCAGAGCUCUGAAGCAUAGUAAAGGCAAAGAAUAAACUUUUUCAACAGGAUUUCUCUGAUCUAGCAGCUGAUCUCAACAUUUUAUGGAACAAUUUGUUCUUCAGUUUUAGGGAAUAACUGUUUUCUACAUCUCUGCUACUUUCUUUUUUACAGAUAUGACUUUAAAUACUACAUCAAACAGCACCACUGACUGUCCUGUUGCUAACAAUGAUCUGUAUAAGUUCUACGCAGCUGUGAUGAUUGUGAUUUUUAUCUUGGCUUUGCCUCUGAACACAUCAGUCCUCCACCUCUUCAUAUUCAAGCUCAAGUUCUGGAAAUCCAACAGCAACAACAUUUUUCUCUUCAACCUGGUGCUGGCAGACAUUCUGCUGCUGAUCUGUUUGCCAAUCAAGGCUCAUAACUUCAUUGAUGGAAAUAGGAGGAGCCAGGAGGACGUCAUCUGCAAAGCGAUGCUGUUUAUGUUGUUUUUAAAUCGUGGCGCCAGCAUCGCCUUCCUAACGGUGACCUCUGUAGAUCGAUAUUAUAACGUGGUGCACCCAGGCAGAAAAAACCUCCUGAAGGCUCUGAAGAAAUCUCCCUACAUCUCAAUCUUCAUCUGGGUGUUGCUUCUGCCUCUCACCAUUCCCACCAUGUUGAGGGGCUUCGACUGCUGCAACAGCCUCGACAACGAUAACACAAACACGGAAAAUAAGAUUUCUUGGAGGGAGCCUGAGGACGUAGCCAGAGAAGUGGUUUUCUUCACCCAGAUCGUCAUUCCCUUCAUCGUCCUGGUCUACUGCACCGUUCGCAUUGUCAAUCGAUUGAAGAAGAAAACCGUUGGGGUUAAGACGAAGCUAAGGAGAGCGGUCCUCGUCGUGACCACCGUCAUGGUUGUUUUCUCCUUCUGUUUUCUGCCGUGCGCCAUCGCCAGGAUGGUGCUGCUGAUCUUUAGGGUCAAUGCAGAGCUGGAAAACUUUGAGACAACUGCAGAAGCCGUAUUUGAUGGCCUCAUGAUCCUCUCCUACCUGGACUGUCUGCUGGAUCCGCUGGUUUACUGCUUCUGUAGCACCAAGUUUAAAGCACUUUAUGUCUCCAAUUACUUAUCUUUUUGCGUGAAAACCCCCCCGGAGCAAAUCAGCAACUCAACGGGAAGCGCAACACAACCAGCGCGCAACAAAGUCAUUUAAAAAAGUGACUUCAAGUUCUGCUGGGUGUUUAUGAGCCGAUAGCUGCUGUGCAACAACCAGACUGACUGUGCCUCAGAUAUGAGGCCCAAGAGAGGCUUUACGUUAAAUUAUGCUAUGAAGAUCAAAAAUAUGAGGAAUAUUUAAAUUCAUUUUAUAUCUUAGAUGUAAAAUAAGUGCAAAUGUGGUUAGAACUCUUAUUUAAAGCUUCUACUUAAGAAGUUCAGUAAGAUAUUUAUUUUUUUUAUAUUGCCAGUACUUUUUCAAGGGAGUUGUGAGUAAAGUAUGCACACCUGUUUUUCUUUUCUUCUUGGACUGUGAGAUGAGUUACAAAACUCCUUCCUGCUAGAGGAAUCCUCUGUUCAAAUCUGUAGCAGAAAUUGUUGAGAGAAUAUUUUUAUCCUGAAAAUCUAAAUGCAAGGGUCCUUUGAGUAGCAAACCAUACUUAUGCAGCGUGGCUGUAGUGAUUGUUUUAGUAAAGAAAAGUAAUUUUGUAAUCCAAGUUAAGUUUGUGAUUUACCUCUCUUUCUGACAUUUACAUUCAUUUUUAUGAGAUUUGAAGGUCACUUUGUGUCAUUUUGCUGGGAUCUGCUUCACUGUUUUAUUUUUCCAGAUUUUAACAUGAGCACAAAAUAUGACUAUAAACUUCCCUGAAUUACAACAGAAGUACUGACUCUUCCUUCUUACCUAGAAAGGUGCCGUAUCCCCCUGUGACUGAGCAAACCCAGCCGAAUAAACUCCAUCAUUUUAAUGAUAUCAUUUUAGUAAUACAGGUGAGAAAGGAUGAGUAAGUUCCUCUGUGUCUGUUUAAAAAUAAACUAAAACUCCUCUAGAUAAUCUGUAAUCUGCUGCGUCCGACGCUGACAUCCAUGAGGCUCAGCCUUUAUGGAAUAUUACCCAGGAUAAACUUUCAACCUCAGGGUCGAAACAUGAAUCAACCAGCAACGGUUUUAGUUCCCUAAAGGUCACACCUGCACUCUUAGAGUGGGGUACCAUAAAAAGAGUAAAUAUUGACAAAGAAUCGGAUAAUUUCUCAUAACAGUUUGCCGGUAUGUGAUACUAUCCCAAAGUUUACAAGCACAUAAAAUGUCAACAUAAUGGAGCCGUGUCUUGUUUACUUGCUCACUUCUCUCAAAUUUCACCCCUUUACUGCAUUAAUAAUGUAUAUUUUUUGUAAGAAUGUGUCUUUAUGUGUUCUAAAAUAAACUGUUAAAUUUAUUCUGGGUUGAGUCUGCAGUGAAAAGUAAUCCCAUAUCACCAUGUUGCCACCACCGUGUUUGGUUGCAGUAUAUUUUCCUGCUUUUGGACCAAACAAACCUUUAAACUGUGGCCUGAAAGGUAAAUGUUGUGCUUCUCAGUGCGAUCUGUCAUUGCUUUUAUCACGUCGUAAAAUGAACAGUAAAUGUCUUCUGCACUGAUAUGUGACAAACACUUGGACGUCAUGCACCCAAAAAAUGACUUUUGUUUACAAGAGGCAUUGUGUAAUAUAAUAUAUUGGUGUAAAUACUUCUGUGCUGUAAAUAAAGGUGUAGGGUGUGAUUUUUCAAAUACAACAUAUUUAAAUAUAACAUA